AUGCCAAUUGAUUAUUCUAAGUGGGAUAAAAUCGAGCUUUCUGACGACUCUGACGUCGAAGUUCACCCCAAUGUUGAUAAGCGCUCGUUUAUCAACUGGAAGCAGCGUGACAUCCACGAGAAACGUCAGCAAAGGAAUAUAGAGAUCAAGUCCAUCUUGAUCCAGUUAACCAUGUAUGCCAAGUUGAACGCCAGACUUGAUUCUUUGAUGGAGAAGCUUGAGCCUCUUGAACUUCUUGAUGAGAAGAAGGUGAAGGAAACUAUCGAUGCUGCCUAUGACCCUAAGGAAAAGUUUGACUACCACAAGCUCAAGAACGACAAGGGAGAAGAACUUAGAAAAGGUUUGCGUGAUUUGGAGUUCUCGACCGACGAAAUAGAGUCGAUGCCUCCUUACAAUGAAAUGGUUGAGGACCUCUUCACUCAAGUGAAGGAAGACCACCCCGAAGUGACCAGUGAUGGUGACAAGUUGAUUAAUCAUCUUAAGGAGCACAGAGCCAAGAUCGAUGACAUCUUACUGAAGCAAACCAUCAAGCUUGACUCUUUGCUUCAAGAAAAAGCUAAUCUUAUCAGCAGUGACGACUAUCACACGGGUUUCGACAGCUCAUUCGUUAACAAGGAGAAAGAAGAGGCGGAAGCAAAGGCCAAGGCUGCUGCCGACACCAAAUCGAAGCCUAAAUCUGAGACAGCCCUUGAAACCAUCAAUACUCCUACUGGUCAAUCGUCAUCUCAGGCACAGGAAGUUGUUGAUGAAUAUGAUCAACUCAAUGUGCUUCCUGAAACGGCCGCCUUCGCUAAAAUUCCUUAUCAUCAGCUCGACAAGAGCAGAGAUUUCUUGCUUAAGAACUCUCAUAUUUGCACAGAGAACCAGAAGGACUCGCUUAUAAUGACAGCCUUUGACCACCAGCUUGAAGGUAAUACGAACAAGACUAAACAGGUUGUCCACCAAUCCCUCAUAUUGCAGUAUGUGGGACAGUUGUCUGGAAAUGGUCAGGUUCGUGCCCGUCUUUUGCAAGGUAUCGAAAUGUUCUUCUCGAAUCUUAUGAAUCGGUCAUCCCCAGUUGCUGCAGCAUUUAAUGAUGAUGUCGAGAGAACCUUCCAGCAUAUUCAAACCAGAUGUAAAAUCAUUCUGGAAGAACGUCAAGGGCAAGCUAAUGAUGAUGAAUCAGAGGUUCCUGUUAUUCAACUCAGAUCACUCGAUGACAGCACUCAGCUUACUGUGAACACUCCGUUUGAAGGCUCUAAAGAGCACGAAGUGUUCUCAACGAAGCUUUCUAAAGAAAUGCAAGAUGCCAUCAAAACUGGGGACCUCGAUGAAGUUAACAAGGUCUUUGCCGCCAUGAAAGUUGAAGAUGCUGAAGAAGUAUUAGAGAUUAUUAACGAAUGUAAUGUGAUCGGUUUAAGUGGCUACUUGGAGAACGAAGAGGAGUUUGAGAAUUUGAAAGCUCAGCACGGCCACGGUAACGAGGACGAGGAAGAGACAGCUGUUGAGAGCGCUGAUAUUGAAGAUACUGUGGAUUAG